GGGUUGUUAUUGUGUGGGGGCCCCGCCAGUCCGGUGAGUCGAGUGUAGAGAGCAUAGGGCCUAGGCCAGAAUCGAACCACCGUUGGGUUGGCUCCUCGGUACGGUGGUGGCUCUGUCCGACUGGUGACCGACCGUGGUCCGUCCGUCAUAUUCCCGGUUUGAAAGCAAGGUUGCGACUAGUUGUUGCGACGCAGGAAGGUGUAGUGAUUCGUGUGCGGAGUUGCAAACGGGUCUGCCGGCCAUGGAGAAGCGGAUCUUGCUCGAAAAACGGGGAAGAAACCCCGGCGAAAUCAAAGAACUAGUUCUUGACAACUGUCGGAGUACGCAUAUUGAAGGUCUGACAGAUGAAUUUGUCGCGUUAGAAACACUAAGUCUUAUCAAUGUGGGUCUUACCAGUCUAAAAGGCUUCCCAAAACUAUCAAAUCUUAAGAAGUUGGAACUAAGUGACAACAGAAUCUCUGGUGGUCUGAACCACCUCCAGUCGAGUCCUAAGCUAACUCAUCUUAAUCUUAGUGGAAACAAGAUCAAAGAUCUUGACACACUUCAACCCCUAAAAGAAUUUAAGAACUUGAAGAGUCUGGAUCUCUUUAACAAUGAAGUGACAAACGGAGAUAAUUAUAGGGAGAAAGUUUUUAGCCUUAUUCCCAGUCUUCGAUGUCUUGAUGGAUUUGAUACAGAUGACUGUGAGGUUGAUGAUAGCGAAGGAGAGGAUGAUGAAGUAAAUGGAAAUGAAGAUGGGGAUGGAGAUGCUAAUGAGGAAGAUAGCGAGGAAGUUUCAGACGAAGAAGAUGACGAAGAUUUUGACGAUGGCGUAGGUUUAGAAACUGUGUACAAGGCUGGUCUCGAGGAUGAAAGUGAUGAGGAUGACUUCCUUUGUGACGAAGAAGAAGAAGACGAUGAUGAUGACAAUGACGAUGAUGAACAGGAUGAAGAAGAAGAGUCAUCUCCAGCUCGAGGUAAAAAGAGAAAACAUGAAGAUGGAGGCGACUCAGGGAACUAGAACCAUAAAGAGCAGGUUUCUGAUGCUGUUGAAUGAGUGUAAAAUUCGUAUAAAUAAUAACAAUAAUUGAGACGCCGAGUGAACACCUGGGAAUCAAACUAAUUGACCGACCAAUGACAGACUACAGUUAGUGGUGUGAAUUUAUCAGUAAAAUGAUUGACUGACAAAUUGUCUGUGGAAUAACAAACGAUUAACCACGGCAAAGAAGAGGAAUGUGAAUGAAAGAAUUAAAAGGAUAAUGAUGGCAUAAAAUAAGACUGCAUUCCAGCUGGACACAGCGCGUUUUAGUUGUACUAACGAUAUUUUAUAUAGAGUAUAUAGUUAGAGUAUUAGUGGUGUUGCAUAGUGGGUGUGAAAGAUCAGAUAUUGAAGGACUUGGAGAAGGCAACAAUGGAGUUUUACAUAUGAAGGAGCAUAUUUGUCUGUUAGCUCCAGUCGGCCAAAGGCUGGUCACGCUGGAAUGCAGUCAUCGUUAAUCAGUACUGAGGUUACAUAAGUUACAUUUUAAAUACAUUAUUAUUGUACCAUGAAUAAGUAUAGAGUAAAUGAGGAACAACUUUUGUACAGGUUUACACCAUACAUUGAGGUGCAUUACGCCUCUGUGAUUUUUGGGACAGAAAAUAAAGAGAUAAAUAUAUGUUGCUCAUACAUUGAGCUUAUAUCUAUGAAAGACGUAUUAAGAUAGGAAUCUACAUCAUAAGAACGAAGAAAUGAAAAAAAGUAUGUACAUUUCGUUUAUUAGAAUUAAUAGCGAUUGAGAAAUUGUAUAAUUGAUAUCGUCUAAAAGAAAAGAAUCAGUUUAGAACAUAAAGAUUAUCCUAGUAUUUUCAUUUGUUUUGAUAUGAGCGACAAAUACUAUCGGUAUUUCAAGAAAUAUUAAUCCUGAGAAAAAGCGAAGAAACAACGCAAAAAUAGAAACAAUUAAGAUCGUGCUAGUAUCUUGACUUGAAAUUUUUGUUUAGUAAAUUUUAAGUUCCGGAUGUUUAUGUACAAUAAGCCACGUAUAUUCCAUGGCUGUUAAGAUUAUUGUUAUUUACUCUUGGGCAUUCCAUGGCUACGUGUUAUGCUCUAACAUAACAUAAAACACAUCUGAUUAGUAACAUUAUCAUACUGUCUUUCCAUUUCAAAUUGCAGACGUUCAGCUAUAACCGUUAAAUGUUUUUUAUACUACUAAGUCGUACAAUUUUUUACAAUAACUAUAGAAAUACUUGUUGAAUAAUAUAAUUUCUACCCAGCAAGUCUAAGUGUUUGACAUAUAGGGUACCGAAGGAAAGGAAACAAAAACAAAAUUACUAUAAAUCCAUAAUUACCUUUAAUUUCUGUCUCUGAAGUUACCAUAGCGCUGACACAUCUCGUGAUGAUUAAAGUGCGAAGUUAAUGGGUAAUGAUCAUUAAUAUUAUUAUUAAUAUUAAAUUACAAUAUGAUUUUAAAAAAAUAAUAAAUAUUUACACUUGCGCUUUCGCACUUCUGAAUUGUAUUUAAAGAAAAGAAAAGAAAAGAAAAAGGGAAGAAAAAAACUCGGAAUCGCAAAAUUUAGAUUAGAGCGAAAAGACAAAAUCUCGAGAAACAGGCGCAAAAAUAAGAAACAAAAAAAAAGGUGGAUCAGACGAUGUAGUUAAUGGUGAGACUGUGGUACGUGGAUUACUGGACGGACUACCGAUUAACUACGUGAUCGUGAGAAUGGAUGGGAGUGAAAUAGCGAGUGAGAGUGCAAGAGAGGAUCGAUUUUAUAAUAAAAAAAAAAAGAAAGAAAACAAGAAAUUAUGGUAGAGUCGAGGAUCUGGCGCCUCUUUGUCGCCAGUUUGGUUAUGGCCUUAUCCAAUUUUUCCAAGACUAAAGCAAAUUUAUAUUAGGUACAAUGAGUAUAUUACAUGUACAGGUCCAAAUCUGUAAAUUUCCAAUCUGCAAUUUGUAAUUGCGGCUCGCGCGGAUGUCUUAUUAAAAGUUAAAUUAUAAAUAAUUAAGAAAUUGAAUUAUAAAUAAUUAAAACAUUCCGCGCGUCCCGCGACACGUACACUUUUGUCAAUUGCAAUUUUGGAUAGACCAUUUACGUAAGGAAAAAAUCUAUCACCUAUCAGAUAUAUUACAUCUCCUGUAUUGUCUGCCUGUUCCGUUGUUAAAGUGAAUUUUUAUCAUAA